AUGGAUGCUGCAUGGAACAAUAAGUGUAAUUAACUUUUAAAUAUUUUAACAAGGUUCUGCAUUAAGCAAUUUAGAUAAAUAUUAAGAAGCCAUCGAGUGUUGCGACAUAGCUCUUUCCAUAAAUCCUAAUUUUGAUGCUGCAUGGAACAACAAAUGUAAUGAACUUUCAAAUAUAAUUAUUAAGGUUCUGCAUUAAAGAAAUUAAAAAGGUAUUAAGAAACUAUAGUGUAAACUUUUUCUCAAAUUGCUCUUAAUAUAACUAUUUCUAUUCUAAAUUCUUAACUUCGAUUUAUUCAAUCUACAACUGCAAUCCCUCAAUUUCUUCUUAGUUAAAACAAUAUUAAGAUGCAAUCAUAUGUUUUAAAAAAGCACUUUUUAUUUCUAAUGACACCUUUAGAUUAAAACUUUUAGGUAAUAAUUUAUUAUUAUUAUAAGCUGAUUGACUAUUCGAAUUAGGGUUUUUAGAUGAAGCUAAAGAAUCAUUAAGAAUAUAUAAAAACAUAAUUAUAAAGUUAUGAAUGA